AGACUCCAUCCCCCAUAAUCCGGAGGUGUCACAUGUUGACGCAUGCGCGUUUCAGUGGUGUCCAGGGCCGGGUAUCAUGGCGACGUACGUGGACAUCCUGAAGACAGAGUUCCCGGAGAUCGACACGGAGCUUUUCGAUUACAUUACAGGUGUGUUGGACAGCGGUGGCGCAGACUUCGAGGAUGGCGAGGAAGUCUACGACGCCAUUGGUGGUGUUCUGCAGGAGGUUUCGGCUGACAGUAAAAACGAGGACGACAUCAGAGACAUCUGCCUGCAGAUGUUCAACACCCUGAAGCUGAACAACCAUCACCAUCCCCAGAAGCAGGUGAUGCUGGAGACUCCAGUGCAGCUCUCUCAGAUGUCUGCUGACUCUGUCUCAGCAGCCAAAGAUGUCCAGGGAAUCUGGAUGAUGAAACGUCCCCAGAACACAACCGUCAAUGCCAGGAAGUUGGAGAAAGCUGAAGCCAAGCUGAAAGCCAAGAAUGAGCGCAGAAACGAGAGGGACUCUCAGAAAGCCUCCGGUCCACUAGUCCUGGAGGAGGCUUCGGCCAGUCAGGCCAGCAAUAAGAAGGACAGCCGAGCCGACCAGUCAGGGAAGAACCGCAGUUAUGACAUCCGAAUCGAGAACUUUGACAUUUCCUUUGGAGAGAGGUGUCUGCUGCAAGGGGCGGAGCUGUCCUUGGCAACAGGCCGGCGGUACGGUCUGAUUGGUCGAAACGGACUGGGAAAGACCACCCUGCUGAAGAUGCUAGCCAGCAGGAAUCUGCGUGUGCCGGCUCACAUCUCCAUCUUGCAUGUGGAACAGGAAGUGGCGGGUGAUGACACGGUGGCACUGCAGAGCGUCCUGCAAAGUGACACGCAGCGAGAGGAGCUGUUGGCUGAGGAGCGGCGUCUGAAUGCUCGCAUCGCCAAUGGAACGGCUGACGGGAUGGAGAGUGUCCGACUAUCAGAGAUUUAUGCCAAACUGGAGGAGAUCGAGGCUGACAAAGCUCCAGCACGAGCCUCUGUCAUCCUGGCUGGACUUGGAUUUUCUCCUAAAAUGCAGCAGCAGGCCACAAAAGAGUUUUCAGGAGGAUGGAGGAUGAGGCUUGCGCUGGCCAGGGCGCUUUUCGCUCGUCCUGACUUGUUGCUGUUGGAUGAGCCCACCAACAUGUUGGACAUUAGAGCCAUUCUGUGGCUGGAGAACUACCUGCAGACGUGGCAGUCCACCAUCUUGGUCGUCUCCCACGACAGAAACUUCCUGAACGCUGUUGCGACUGACAUCAUCCACCUGCACUCGCAGAGGCUGGACUGUUACCGUGGCGACUACGAGAACUUUCUUAAGACCAAAGAAGACCGCCUGAAGAACCAGCACCGAGAGUACGAGGCUCAGCUGCAGUACAGACAGCAUAUACAGGUUUUCAUCGACAGAUUUCGGUACAACGCCAACCGAGCUGCACAGGUCCAGAGUAAGAUCAAGCUUCUGGAGAAGCUACCGGAGCUAAAACCCAUCCAGAAAGAAUCAGAGGCCCUUUUGAGGUUUCCAGAUAACUUCGAAAAGUUGUCUCCCCCUAUUCUUCAGUUAGAUGAAGUAGAAUUUUACUACAGUCGAGAUCAGCCGCUCUUCGCCGGACUCAACCUGUCUGCCGACCUUGAGUCCCGCAUCUGCAUCGUUGGUGAAAAUGGCGCCGGUAAAAGUACCAUCCUGAAACUGCUGAUGGGUGACUUGACGCCAGUCAUCGGCGUCAGACAAGCUCACAGGAACCUGAAGAUCGGUUACUUCAGUCAGCAUCACGUGGACCAGCUUGACCUGAAUGUCUGUGCCGUCGAGUUGCUGCUCAACAAGUUUCCCGGUCGGACAGAGGAGGAGUACCGCCACCAGCUGGGAGGUUAUGGUAUUACCGGAGAACUGGCCACAAGGCCAGUGGCCAGUCUGUCAGGAGGACAGAAAAGCCGGGUGGCAUUCGCUCAAAUGACCAUGCCAUGUCCGAACUUCUACAUCCUGGACGAGCCGACCAACCACCUGGACAUGGAGACCAUCGAAGCUCUGGCUAAAGCACUCAACAAGUUCAAGGGCGGAGUCAUCUUAGUGUCGCAUGACGAGCGACUCAUCCGGCUGGUGUGUAAGGAGCUGUGGGUGUGUGAUAGUGGAAAGGUUUGGCGCGUUGAUGGUGGCUUCGAUGAAUACCGGGACAUCCUGCAGGAACAGUUCAAGAAAGAGGGUUACCUGUGAGGCCCGCCCACUGCUGACUGAACACACCCACCAAUGACAAAAGGAAUCCUGGAAAAGCAGCCAAUAAGCAGUCGGAGCACAUCGGAGGACCAGAACUGUCUUCUUCACUGCUCAGGUGACCUGCUGAGAGAUGAUUGGUUGUUUGGGGUCACCUGGUGAAGUCCCAGUGAACUUUGGAUUGGUAAUGAAUCGAGUUAAUUAUCAGGUCACAUUGAACCUGUUAAGGCGAGAUUUAAAGGACCAGAAAAUAAAAACAUAAUACCAUGA